AUGAGUUUUUUGAAGGUACCUCCGUGGAAAUAUCCUUCAAAACAACAAUCACCAAAACAACAUCCAAUGAAAGACACACUAAAAUUUCACGAAGAAAAAGAUGAAAGACCAUUUAAUUGGGUAUUAUCUGAUUCUCUCCCUUUAUCUUCACAGUCUUUUAACGAACAAAAUCAACAAUUUUACGAUUUUCUUGUAAAUUUCCUAUCUGCAAAUGUUUUUGCACCUCAAAAUGUUGAUCAAGUCUCAAGGUUAAUAUCAAUUCUCCAAUAUACAAUAGGUUUUUCAUUUGCGAGAGAACAAGAUCUUCAAAAGCGCGUCCAGCGUGCAAAUGAAAAGCUUGCAUCUGUUUAUUCAAUUGCAGCAUCCCAAAAGCAGCAAAUUUCAGACUUAAAAUCAGAAAAUAAAGCAAAAUCAGCAAAAUUACGAACAAUGACAAAGCAAAUCGAGAAAAAUACCCAAGAACCAAAGUCCCACACAGUAGAGAUAUCACCAAAACAAAAUUUACCAAAUGUUGUAAACGACGAUUUAACCGUUACAAUCUUGGAUCAGCUCAAUUUAAGAGCACUUGAUGCUACACAACGAGCAGAAGAUGAUAUGGCAAUGUGGAUGGAAAAAAAGUUUGCUAAGCUUGAAUCGAAAAUUGAUCAAGUCCAAAAGGCUCAGACAAUGAGAAACAAUGACUAUGGGCAAAAUAAUAAUACCUUACAACCUUCCUAUACACCUCGUAAACAUACCAAACAACAGAAACCAGGCGCUUUUCUAAUUUUUGAUGACUUAGCAAAGACUGUUCCACCACCACCUCCUCCACCAGUUUCAUCCUCUGAGCAACUAGUUAGCGAAGCUUCUCCAGAAAAAGUUACAAUUCGUAAAAGGAUCAGUGCAAGUCCUCCUUCUCGAAGGAAGAGAGUUCAAAAGGCUCAAUCAUUAUCUUCUGAAUCAUCUGAUGAUUCAUCUGUUGCUUUAAUUCUUAAACAACCAGUUAAAUUAUCUGAAAUCACAGAUUCUGAUGAUGAUCAUUCCAAAGAUCAGAAUUCAAGAUCAAUGCGUAGAAGAGCAAAGCAAGAUGUUAUCAUACUAAGCGAUUCAGAUGAAUCCCAGAAUUAUUCAGCUAAGCCGAGCGAAAAAUCAAAUAAUCAACAAAAUAGUCAAGGUAAAAAAGAUGAUAAACCAAAAAAAGAUUCUGAACCGUCAAAAAUAGAUCAACCACCAAAAUCAGACAAGAAACCAGAACCAAAAAAAGAAGAAAAACAAGAAAUUAAAGAGGAACCAAAGAAACCAGUAAAGGAAGAAAAACCUAAGAAAGAGGAUCCUAAACCAGAUCCAAAACCUGCACCAAAACAAGAAGAACCUGACAAAAAGAAAGAUCAAAAGAAUAAUAAGCCAAAAGAAUUAGACAAUGAAAAUUCGAAAAAAUAUAGUUUUGAAAAACCAGUUGCAAUAACAAAAGCACCUGAUGCCGAAAACUCUGAUGAUUAUAUUCUUGAACAAGAUCCUGAAGAACAUCAAGUUCACGCAACAACUCGAGAUGUUGAUCUGGAUGAAGUUGAAUUCCAGUCUAGCGAGCUUGCUGAUAGCGAAGAAAAUGAUAAAGGCUCAGAAAAGGAAAUCAAAUUUACAUUUACACCUCCACCAAAGUCAUCGACAAAUAAUACUUCAAUGAGAGGAUCAAAUUGGAAAGAAACUGAUAUUGAUAGUGAAGAAGAAGAUUAUUCACUUUCUUCUGCCGAUAAAAAGAAUGAAUCUUUCUCAGUUUCGGUUCAAGAAGACGCUAAAGCAAAGCCUAGAAAGCGUGGAAGACAGUCAUUUUAUUAA